AUGAACCGUUUUCUUUUUAUUUGUUUAUUGGUCGGCGUGGUGGCGGCACUGCAGACGGAACAGGCCCCUAAGGCUACCCGGGACAUGUAAGGAUUUUUGAUGAUUUUUUAUUUUUUUUCGUUUUUAAAAAAUUUUUAAUUAAAAAAAUUGUGUUUUUACUUUAUUUAUAGAAGCUCUUAUCAAUUUUGUAUGUUUUUAUAAAAUUUAGAGCAAAUCUGAAAAUUAAAAAUGGCAAAAAAUUUAAAAAAAACGUGGGUAUACCUAAAUGUUUGGCCUAAAAAUCACUUUUUUCCAUUUUCAAAGUACUGUAACUUUUUUUAUACGAAAUUUCAAUACCCCAAACUACCCCAUCGUAAACCACUUUUUAUACCCUGCCAAAUGAUCUACAAAUCACCCCUAUUCUAACUUUCCAAAAUACUCUAUUAAUAAAAACCUUUUCAGCUUCCGAUCUCGCCGAGGCUAUGGUUAUGGUGGCGGUGCUACUGUCGUGGAAACUACAGUUGUAGAACAAGUUCCACCAGUGUUUGAACAACCCCCACCACCACCACCUCCACCACCACGAUUCGGCGGUGGCUACGGAUACGGCGGAGGCUAUGGCGGAGGUGGCGGCGGAUACAACCGAUUCGGAGGCUCGUACUGGGGAUAA